GCAAAAGCUCCCAUACUCCCACCUGCUCAAUGUCAAGAUCCGAAAGGGAGGUGUAGUUCUAGGAUUUUAUCACCUGAUGAGAGAAGGAGGCUGGGGACGUCCAAGGUGCGGACGACCAAGCUUUGGUCGCUAUGCUCCUAAAAGCACUCCCCCUAGGGGAUGUGCGCAAGGAGCUGCAGCGGAAUCCGCUUCCGACGUACCAGGAGAUGUUGGCUAGGGCAAAGUACCUAGCCUUAGAAGAAGAGGAUGACGAGGUGCCUGUCAAGAAGGAGAAGAAGAGUGUUCAGCCAGCAGGCGAUAGCAGGAAGAGGAAGGAUUUUAGAAGGGGCUCGAAUCCUACAGUUAAAGCUUACUGUAUACAACUUGCCUAUGGGAGUCAUGACCUUCCCCUUCGGAACGAAGGCCAAGCUCAAAUCAACUCGGGAGUUCCUCGUUGGGUGGGUGAUAUCCAUGUCCCCUUCGGAACAACAGGGGUAGAAGAUUUGGAGUGCGUAAUCUCCUUCCCCCAUCUGUGCAUGAAGCUCCCUACCUCUACGGGGGUAGGUGUGGCCAUGGGUAACCAAAGCUUGUCAUGGUCGUGCUAUGUUAGGGCGACCAAGAGUUAUGCACGGAUCGUCGAGAAUGUCAAUAUGAUCUGCGCUGCCAUCCAGAGGGAAGAAGGUCAGCCCAUGGAAGAGCCAGGAGAAGAAGGGGAAGAAGUUAUCCUGGACCCUGCGAAGCCAGGGCGGAAGGUUAAAGUCAGCAAAGCCCUGGGGUUGAUCCUCGAAUCAUCUGUCAUCGGCUGGCCUGUCGACCAGGCACACAGGCAGGUCAAGCAGAAGAAGCGAUUCCUCUCUUUGGAGAGAAGGGACUUUGUCACGAAAGAGAUUUCUGAGAUCCAGUUACUUGUUGAAUCUCAAAUCGCUGAAUACUAUCAAGGGAUGAAGCCCGAAGAUGAGAAGUUUGAGAACGGAGAGAGAGACUAUCGAUUCAUUACACACGAAUACGAGGAAAGUGAGAUGGAGGAUGAGCAGAUGCGAAGCUUUGGGAGCGAAUUGGAUGAAGAGCAGCAGGUCUUGAGAUGGACAGCCACUCCAGUCUACCGGAAGAAGGGGUUGGCGCAGCUCAACCAAUUCCGGGCUUGCUUUCUCAUCGAGAGUGGAAACGAUGAUGAACAUGUGAUUAAGUUGUCUAGUUCAAGUAGUUCAUUAAGGUACAUAAUGCGAGUGGUAGUAAAAGAAAACCUACUGGAGUACAUUUCGAGUGGUUGCCUUGAUGACCUAUUGCUCAGCACCCUUACUGUCUUCUCCAAUAGUGUGUGGGGUACAUUUAGAGUCACUGGCAGUGUUCCUUCUCUAGCUAACCUGUCCUUUGCCAUAUGUGGAGCAGUUUUCUCUUUCAGUGAUUGGAUGGCUCUAAAAAAACCCAAGUCUAGAAUGUUGAGGUCUGGGGAGUUGGGGGGUUGGUUAGUUAGGAUGAUGUUGAAGCCAUUCCCACUUGCUGCUGCCAUAAACUCUGGAUCUGUGGUAGAAAUGUGUGGCUUUGCAUUGUCUUGCUGGAGAAAAGGGGUUACGAGACUUGCGUCUCUCUCUUACUGCGACCCGUCCGUUACCGUUCGUCCCUGCCUAGUUUCAGUCACCCUUCGUCGGUCAGCAGCAGCAGUGCGCCGAGCCCGCCAGGGCGCCGCCGUCGUCGCCGCCGUUCCUCCUUUUCCCCGUCGCACAGCAGGCAUCGCCAAACAAGGGCAGCGGCAACCUCUCUCCCUUCCAACCCGGUUUCAACUCUUGCAAUUUCGAGAUUUUGAUAAUGCCAAACCGCCGCGAAAACAAGAGCAAAUUGAGCAAAUCAAAGGCGAAGAAACAUGACGUGAUGAUGAAUUGAAAAUGAGAACCGAGAACCAAGAAUCAAAAACGAAGAUUUAGAAACUAGUUGAGUCAGUCCUUAUGUGAUCGAAACCGACACAAACUUCUAAACUUGGCUCUCUAGGUUCAUUACAUUAAAAUACCUUUUUUUGCAUAUUCAAAAAUGUUUUUAAUAAGUUUUAAAUAACCCUAAAACACUCGGUGUUCGCCCUAACCAAAAACCAUGCAAGCCAUCUGUCGUUUGGCUUUUAGAAACCAGCGUUCGGCAUUCAGCUAUCGGCAUUGGUUUUUGGCGUCCGAACCAACCAAGUGGUUUUCAACUUUUUAUGAUUGGUUUUUACAUCUAGGCACAUUUAAAUAGUUCUCCAACAAAAACUCUUCAAAAACCACCUUUUGUUUUUGGUCGCUUGGUAAAAACCAUGCGAAACAACAUGAACUUAGCUAGCCGUGGUUCUUACCUAAAUGACGUGGUUUCUGAGAUGUCUCACUUGAUUUAUUACCAAAAUACAUUAAACAAAUGUUUUCAACACUU